UUUGUUUGUUCAUAGGGGGUCGUCAAGCUUUGGUGUAUGUGUUGGCCAGUUCUGAAGUCUCCUUAAAGGGGCACUGCAUUGAAGAAGAUCAAAGCAGCAGUCUUUGCCAAUUAAGGAAUGGACCGUUUGGGUUCCUUUAGCAGUGAUCCCUCUGAUAAGCCACCUUGCCGAGGCUGCUCCUCCUACCUCAUGGAGCCUUAUAUCAAGUGUGCAGAAUGUGGGCCACCUCCCUUUUUCCUCUGCUUACAGUGUUUCACUCGAGGGUUUGAGUACAAGAAGCAUCAAAGCGAUCAUACUUAUGAAAUAAUGACCUCAGAUUUUCCUGUUCUUGACCCCAGCUGGACUGCUCAAGAAGAAAUGGCCCUUUUGGAAGCUGUGAUGGACUGUGGCUUUGGAAAUUGGCAGGAUGUAGCCAAUCAGAUGUGUACCAAGACCAAGGAGGAGUGUGAAAAGCACUACAUGAAGCAUUUCAUCAACAACCCUCUGUUUGCAUCAACCCUGCUGAACCUAAAGCAAGCAGAGGAGGCAAAAACUGCUGACACAGCCAUUCCGUUUUACUCUGCAGAUGACCCUCCCCGACCUACCUUUGAUUCUUUGCUUUCUCGGGACAUGGCAGGAUACAUGCCAGCUCGAGCAGAUUUCAUUGAGGAGUUUGACAAUUACGCAGAGUGGGACCUGAGAGACAUCGAUUUUGUUGAAGAUGACUCGGACAUUUUACAUGCUCUGAAGAUGGCUGUCGUAGAUAUCUACCAUUCCAGGCUAAAGGAGAGACAAAGAAGGAGAAAAAUUAUAAGAGAUCAUGGAUUAAUCAACCUUAGGAAGUUUCAGUUAAUGGAACGGCGGUAUCCCAAGGAGGUCCAAGACCUUUACGAAACAAUGAGGCGAUUUGCAAGGAUUGUGGGGCCAGUGGAGCAUGACAAGUUCAUUGAAAGCCAUGCACUGGAAUUUGAACUCCGAAGGGAAAUCAAGAGGCUGCAGGAGUACAGGACAGCAGGCAUCACCAAUUUCUGCAGUGCCAGGACCUAUGAUCACCUCAAGAAGACGCGAGAGGAGGAGCGCCUUAAACGCACCAUGCUCUCCGAAGUCCUCCAGUACAUCCAGGACAGCAGCGCUUGCCAGCAGUGGCUCCGCCGGCAAGCUGACAUUGAUUCCGGCCUGAGUCCUUCUGUUUCGAUGGCUUCAAAUUCAGGUAGACGAAGUGCACCGCCCUUGAACCUCACAGGCCUCCCUGGCACGGAGAAGCUGAACGAGAGAGAAAAGGAGCUCUGUCAGAUGGUGAGGCUGGUCCCAGGAGCCUAUUUAGAAUACAAAUCUGCUCUGUUGAACGAAUGUAACAAGCAAGGAGGCUUGAGACUGGCACAGGCGAGAGCGCUCAUCAAGAUAGAUGUGAACAAAACCCGGAAAAUCUAUGACUUCCUCAUUCGAGAAGGAUACAUCACUAAAGCCUGAGGGCCUGGGGCUGGGGGUGAAGCCGCGGGUUUGGAGUGUGGCGGACCAGAGGACACUGGAUAUUCCUGAGCUGAGCGCUCCCUGUACAAAGAGGGGAAAGGACAAGGAACCCUAAGCUGUAAUGAUGUCUGCUUGCUUCCCCACCCUGCUUUAAAACGCUCUUGUUGGUAUUGUGCGGCGGAGCUGUGUGCCCGACGCGCUAUUAUUAACCGUGAGUGGGCUUCCAUUCCUAGCACCUCUUGUAACUGCAACAAGAACCGUGGUACCUCGCAUCACAGUGCUGGUAGGGAGAGAACUAGCCCGUCGUUAGCCCCGGGGGUCGCAGCUCAGACCCUUGUACUUGAGUGGUCAGUUUUCUGAUGAUCUGCGUUGCCUUCAAACGAUACAGACAGAUUUAAAGUGAAGAGAAAGGUCAUCGGGCAUGAGAAAGCUUUCUCUUUCCUUCUGAGGACUUUUUAAGUUGACAACCUAUGUUUAUGAGCAAAGGGGAGGGAAAUCUCCCCGCGAUGGUCUUGUCCCAGACUGCAUCUUUAACUCGAACGUCUGGCUUUGUACUUUGCAGUCUGUCUCAUCUGCAGUAGACUUUUGAGGAGGUGGCAUCAGAUAUAAAAUGUCUCUAUUAUUUUUAGAAUUAAUGGAUUAAAAUGUUUUGCUGCUCAAUUUGUGGUGUGUCAAAUAUUCUGGUAACUAAAGCACACUUGGGGUGCUGGGUGCCCGCCUCAUCACGAUGCACCGUCUCUCCUAACAUGUGUGUCCUGGACUCACCCUGUUCAUUGUUCAUACCCUGGGUUUCCCAGGACACCAGGCCCCUGAGGAUGGAAAUGAUGCAACUAACCUCCACUUUGCUUGGAUUGAGGCCUGAACGCUAAUUUCUUAAUGGGGAAAGGCUAGCCUGCAAUAAAAGCUGCUUUUCAAACAAAAGUAAAGCAGUUUCAUAUAUGGGACUCAGUAGAUACGAGGGUGACUCCACCACAUCUGAAACUCGGUCCUCAAAACUUUCUGCAGAGUAAGACGCCACACUCAGAGUCAUAGUUGUCCCACCUCUCACAGAAGGAAAGCUGUGUAUAGAAAUAACUUCAGAAUCUGCACGUAUGACCUCUAGUAGCUGAUUCUUUCAUCCUUUCAACACUCAGAAUAUCUAAUAAAAAUAUUAUAUGCUUUGUUGGAAGUUUCUGCUCAAACUUUUUGACUGAUGUAAAUAUGCAUGCAGCUUGCUGACAGACUUCAUCUAGGGGGUUUCAAGUGAAAAGGAGACUGAGGCUCUGAAGGAAUCGGAAUAAUUAAAGACUUCAAUCUUUAAAAAGG